AUGGCCCAACUUAUCGUCUCUCAGAAUGAUUCUGCCUUUGGCUCAUACCACGGUUGUGAGCUACCACCCGAGCUCCCUAAGAAAUGGCCACUUGGUCUUGAUCGUAUCAAGGAUCUCUGGGAAACGAAUGCGGAAGGUCGCCUUCUCGUAUAUCUUUGCAAGGUUGCCGAAGAUUAUAAGCCAGGAAACAAUCUUACCCAAUUCUAUGGGGUCGGAUGGAUAGACUAUAGGUUCGGCGCCAGACCUAAAAUCUUUGUACCCUUGCUGGGAAAUGGGAUCUUUACUCAAGAAGGACUUGCCUGGAAACAUUCAAGAGAACUUCUGCGAAAGCAAUUUAUUCGCGUUCAGUAUCAGAACUUGGACGACUUUCGCGAGUAUGUUGAUAACCUGAUAAGCCGCCUACCCUCAAACGGCAUUGUUGAUCUCCAGCCAUUAUUUUUUGACAUGACAUUAGAUACUGCAACAGCUCUUCUGUUCGGUAGAUCGGUCUAUAGUCUGAGGGCGGGUAUCGAUCAGCACGAGGAGAACAGACUCUUCGCAGAAAGCUUCGAUAUCGCGCAAGAGGGUCUCGCCAAACGCUUUCGUAUAGCACCCUGGUACUUCCUCUACAAUCCUCUAUCAUUCCGGAAAGCAUGUGCUAAUGUGCAUCGAUUUGUAGAGAGUUAUAUCACGGAAUCGAACUUAGAAAAGGUUGAGGACCAUGAAAUGAAAAAAUACGGGUUCAUAAAACAGAUCGCUGAAGAGUCUACAAGCUUGGAAGAGCUCCGCGACCAACUUUUAAACGUUCUGCUUGCUGGCCGAGAUACAACUGUAUGCUGUUUGUCCUGGACGUUUCGACUUCUUGUUCGCCAUAUUUACGUAAUAAAACGUUUGCGGCAAGAAAUCACAUCUAUUAUGGGUGGUAGCUCUAUGCCAAGUAGGGACUAA